GAAUUCCUUUUCCUGUCUGGCCAGUUUGAAUCUCAUUUCCUGUCUGGACAUCGUGGCGAGCUCAGCAGCACUGGCAACGAUGCAGAGCUCUCCAGCAGUGAUGGCCGUGCAGUCUCAGAAUAGAAAGAGGGUCCCAGCAUGGACUGAUCGGGAAGUAUUGGAUCUGAUCGCUGUGUGGGGCGAUGAGUCCGUGCUUUCCGAGCUGCGCUCCAAGAAACGGAAUGCAAAGAUCUACGAGAAGAUCUCUAAAGACAUGUCAGAGAGAGGAUACAGCCGGGAUGCAACGCAGUGCCGCGUGAAAAUCAAGGAGCUGAGACAAGGCUACCAGAAGACCAAAGAGUCAAACGGACGCUCCGGAUCCCAUCCCCAGACAUCCCGUUUCUACGAGGCACUGCAUUCCAUCCUAGGUGCGGCCGCCACCACUACUCCACCACUGACCGUGGACUCUGAGGAUGGGAUAUUGUCCACGGCCGGUUCCUCGGACAUGUUAGCGGACGGGGAAGAUGAGGAAGGAGAUGAGGAGGAUGAGGCAGUCGACAGCGCUUACAACGCUGAUUUCCCCGACAGCCAGGAUCUCUUCAUCACCCUUACAGAGAUCCCCUACCAACCGUCCCCAGCCGUUAACCCGGACACAGAAUCUGGGGAAGGAUCAGCCACCACAUCUGCGACUGUCUCACAACCUAGCCUGGCAUCACACUCCCAGAGGCUAGCGCAGAUUAGGCGUAGAAAGAAGAGGACACGGGAGGACAUGUUCUCGGAGCUUAUGGGCUGCUCCCGAGCCCAGGCAGCACAGCAGACCCAGUGGCGGGAGAACUUGUCCCAAAUGCACCAAGCACACAUGGAACGGGAGGAGAGGUGGCGGCAGGAAGACCAGCAGGUGACUCAAACGCUGCUUGGACUAAUGAGGGAGCAAACGGACACGCUCCGGCGCCUUGUGGAUGUUCUGCAGGAACGGAGGCAGGAGGACAGAGCCCCGCUGCAGUCUAUCUGUAACCGCCCUCCCCCGCCACCAAGUCCCAUACCCCCCUCACCCAAAGUGCAAAGAAGGAGGGGCGGCAGAGUCCGUGCAAACUCUCACUCCACCCCUGCAGACAGCUCUAGUAGUAGAAGGCUCUCAUUCCCCAAAAUUUGACAAGUUCUUUCCUUCCCGCCUCACACAAGCCCCCGUCCAAGUUUC